AAGCUACUACUACUACUACUACUACUACUACUACUACUACUACUACUACUACUACUACUACUACUACUACUACUACUACUACUACUACUACUACUACUACUACUACUACUACUACUACUACUACUACUCACACUACUACUGCUACUACUGCUACUCACACUACUACUACUACUACUACUACUGCUACUCACAUUACUACUACUACUCACACUACUACUACUACUCACACUACUACUACUACUCACACUACUACUCACACUACUACUACUACUCACACUACUACUACUACUACUACUACUACUCACACUACUACUGCUACUACUGCUACUCACACUACUACUGCUACUACUCACACUACUACUGCUACUACUCACACUACUACUGCUACUACUCACACUACUAUUGCUACUAAUUAG